AUGUCAAUUCGUGCCAAACUGAAGUCCAUCCCUGUUGGUGCAUUGUUUGAAGAGUACUGUUCAGAAAGUUCGGUUCACGGUGUGCGGUUUUUUGUUGGCAACCAAAGAAGUGCUUGUGUCAAACUAACCUGGUUGGGAGUGUUCAUCCUCUCGCUUGUCGGGUGUGGUGUAAUGAUACAACAGGCGUACAAUAAAUGGGACCGCACGCCCGUCAUCGUGACCCUCUCGGAGGUGCCAACACCCGUCUGGGAUAUGACCUUCCCAGCCGUUACCAUCUGUCCGGAGAUAAAGGUCUUGAACACAAGGUUCAAUUUUACGCAAGAUUUUGAAACCCUUCAAAGCGAGUGGUACCAGACGAGAAGAAACAAGAACCUUACAGUUACAGAAGAAAAUAUCGGCAAGCUGAAAGCCAUCAUCCAUCACUGUCCGGGUGUUUACAAGCACGAGAAUAACUUCAUGUUUAACUUCAACCACGUGCCGGAGCCGAUAGCGUUGGUGGACUUUCUGAAGAACGUUUCGCUCGACCGCCGGAGCGUGUUUACCAUGUGCAGUUCGACCAGCGACGCUCGGUGCACCGACUACAUGCAGGUGACACUUACGAACGAAGGUAUUUGCUACUCCUUCAACAUGAUCUCGCAGGAGCAAAUGUUUCACCCGGACGUACUGCACAACGAGUACAAAUAUUUGGACCGCUGGGAGGACGACGCGAGUGAAGCGGUUGGGGAUGGUGAGUCCCAGGAUGAACUACUGAAAGUUGCCGGUUCCGGUUUGGAUGCUGCCAUCGGAUUCAACCUAAUCCAUUAUCCGCUCAAAAUUGAUACCUCUUGUGUGCGUGGCCGUGGUUACAAAGUGCUCAUCCACGAACCGACCGUCUAUCCCGACCUGUCCAAGCGCAACAUACGACUUUCGGUUUCGCAAACGGUUACCGUCGCACUGAAGCCCAACAUUAUGAUGACCUCACCGGAGCUGGCAAAGUACAGCGCCCAGAAGCGCCAGUGCUACUUCACACACGAACAUCCGCUACGCUUCUUUCGGCAGUACAGCCAGGACAACUGUGAGCUGGAGUGUUUAACGAAUUACACGCUGCAGCGUUGUGGUUGCGUGCAUUACUCUAUGCCCCGUACUAACGGUACGCGCGUGUGCAAAUUGCAGGAAGCACACUGUCCAUCCACUGCACGUGGGGUGCUGUUUAUACGCAAACAGCAUCGCAACAGUACGGAGGAUUACCUGCAGCAGUGCGACUGUUUGCCGGCCUGUUCCUCGGUACGGUUCGAUCUGCAGAUUACUCAAGAUUCGCACACGGAGGAACGGGAAGUACGUACUUCAAUCGAGACGGAGCAGGAACUGCAGGCAAGGCUACAAAUCCCAGUGUACUCAGUGCUUCAGGUGUACUAUCAGGACACUCAUUUCAUACCAGCUCAACGAUCCGAGCUGCACGGGCUCGUAGACUUCUUGGCUAACUGUGGCGGACUGUUGGGAUUGUUUAUUGGUGUUAGCUUACUGAGCAUAGUGGAAGCAAUCUACUACAUUGCAGUUCGUCCACUAUCCUGUAGAAAGCGUAAACCAGACACAGGGGCGAGCGAUGACAUUUGUUAA